AUGUAUCUGUAUAUACGCCACUACAACCCACCCUUGAAUAUUACCCCAGGAAACCAACCAUAUUGGGUGUGUUAUGUCACACUUGAGAACGAUGACAUCGACAACCACAACUUGCUCCAAGUCCCUUCACCAACCAUGGUCGAUUGGAUACGCCGCAUCGUCUCGGGAAAUAAGGCUCGGUACAAAGACCCCAACCUCAACCUCGAACUCGACCUAGUUUACCUCACACCACGCAUAAUCAUUAUGGGUUACCCCGCUGAAGGCUUUGAAAGCUUUUACCGCAACAAUCGCGACGAUGCGAGGCGCUUCCUGGAGCACCGGCAUGGCAAGAACUUCUGGGUUUUCAACUUUUGUCCCAUACGCGAGAAUUCAUACGAAAAGGAGUUCUUCGAUGGUCGUGUUAGUCGCUAUCCAUUUCCAGACCAUCACGCGCCUCCAUUGGCCAUCAUGCCCCUUGUUGCCCGAGAAAUUUCAGAGUGGCUGGAUGGUGCUCCAGAGAGAGUUGUCGUCCUGCAUUGUAAAGCUGGAAAGGGGAGGUCCGGCACGAUGGCCUGCACAUAUCUACUCUCGACCGAAAGACCCCCGAGUCCCAAGCACGAAACAGAAGCAUCCGAAUGGGCAAAAGUCCGUGCUAACGACGUCAUGAAGAGUGUUGAGCAUUUAGAAGAUGCCUCACUUCCCCCGACCCCAGCCGCAGUCGAGAGUCAGGACCCUAUAUCCACGACGAAUUUGACCGAUGCAUUGACUGCUGUGCUGGAUCUUCAUACCUCCCGACGCAUGAAACCUGCCGGUGCCAAUGAGAAGGCAAAACAAGGCGUCAGCAUUCCCAGCCAACGACGCUGGUUACACUACUGGGCCCUCCUUCUUGCCCAUGCCGCUCCAUCCCACCUCUGGGCUAAUCCUCCGAUCCAAACACAACCCAAAGUACGUUUAACAAGAAUUACGGUCAGAAUGCGGGAAGCUGGCGCGCUGCGAAUCAAUCUCGUUCGCGCUGCAUCAGCGCUCUUAGAUCGCACUGGUCGAGGAAAGACCGGCUCGGCGCAAGCAGGCGGACGACUCAUGUGGGUGUCACUCGCCCGAUACGACGACUCUUUUGUAGAAUUAUUAGAACGAUGGGAGCAACACACAAGGGAACCUGGCGGUCAUAUGGGAAGGCCCAAUAAGCAUUCGCAGGCCAAAGUAGACGGAGAGGCGUUGGCAGAGGUAUUCGACGAGCGGGGGAGGUGGGAUAAAGAGAAGAUGGUGCGAAGUUUCGCUAGGAUGGGAGUCCUUGAAGAUGAAGACGUAGAGAAGAUUGCGACUGAGGAAGGCAAGAUGUGGUCGUACACAUUACUACCUUUGUCAGAAAGCGGUUGGGUCAACGUUCGGCAGGCAGUGCAGGAGAAUACGCAGCCCAAAACUGGCGAUCUUGAAGUUGAUGUCCCUGCGUCGGAGGUCAACUCGAUCCACGAUGCUACUGAAAGCAUCAGCGGUCCCGGCAUCGUUCUUGAUGCAGGAAGGGAGGUUCGAAUCAAAAUCUACAUGGGUCAAAUCUUCAUCGGUUGGGCGUGGUUUGUACCAACCUUCCACAUGAAUCAACCCCAUCCUUCAUCAUCAACCGACAUAAACGCACCGUCCCCAACCAAGUUCACACUCAAGCGCAAGCAAAUGGACUUCCCGAUUGGUCUGGGAAGCUCAUUGGUUGACGUUGAGAUUGAAAUGGAGUGGGUCCAGGCCGCAGACAGUGCAAGCGUACAGCCACCGCAAACAUUGGCUUCACCAGAACCCGAGGGUAUCGGCCUCGGCAUGAAACUUGAGGCAGUAGCGAGAGGCGGUAUGGGUGACGCAGCAGAGGCAAAACAGGCUGCUCAAGAUUAA